CUUUUGGCCGGAACCGCCAUCUUCCAGUAAUUCGCCAAAAUGACCAACACAAAGGGAAAGAGGAGAGGUACCCACUAUAUGUUCUCUAGGCCUUUUAGAAAACAUGGAGUUGUUCCUUUGGCCACAUACAUGCGAAUCUAUAAGAAAGGUGAUAUUGUGGACAUCAAGGGAAUGGGCACUGUUCAAAAAGGAAUGCCCCACAAAUGUUACCAUGGGGGAAGGGUCUACAAUGUUACUCAGCAUGCUGUUGGCAUUGUUGUAAACAAACAAGUUAAGGGCAAGAUUCUUGCCAAGAGAAUUAAUGUCCGCAUUGAGCAUAUUAAACACUCAAAGAGCCGAGAUAGCUUCCUGAAGUGUGUGAAGGAAAACUCAACUCAACUCAAGCGCCAGCCUGCCCCACCCAGAGAAGCACACUUUGUAAGAACCAAUGGAAAGGAGCCUGAACUGUUGGAACCCAUUCCCUAUGAAUUCAUGGCAUGGUAA